UAAUGCAGAAUAAUCAACAUGUAAGACUUGCAUAAGAAAUUAAUCCUACUCCUUGUGAAGGACCUGUUUCACAAGUUGUGUAUCCAUAACUUCCUGAAUAGAACUUGUAAAUUGGUUAGCCUAUUUAACCAAUAGUUCCAGCUCAAUAAUUUAUUAGAUAGAUCCCCUACUAAUAAUAACAACAUCCCUAAUUAUAAUAAUAAUAAUAAGUUAUUUACAAUCCCACUGCUAUAUAGUAAAGUAUUUUUUUAAAGUUAUUUAAAGUCCAACCAGUUUAUUCUAAAUACCCUCACAUGAUUACAUGUGCUUACUGUUAGAGAUAAGUUUAAACACAGGUUAAUUAUGAAGUCGGAACUGGAGCUUAUGCACUUGGAGGACUUUUGGCAGCUGUUGGUCUUUGGUUAGGGUAAUUUUUAAAUUUAAUAAUUAGAUGUUGUUUGAUUCCAUGUUUUGUAUAAGAUUGCAAAGAUGCAGUUCAUUUCUGCCCUGCAUGUUAAGCUAAAAUUGGUAAAAAAAGAUUCUUAUUUGAUUGAU